CAAACGGCUGGCUGCUGAGUUUUGAGUUUUGACCACUCCAUCCUCGUCCUUAUAAAAUGGUCGAAGCAACAUGACUUCCCCAAAGCCAGGCACAAAAAGUCUAACUCCCCAAAUCCUGUUACUCACGGAACAGCCCUUAUACAUGGCUCCUUCUCCUCACGUAACGACCACGAUUCCCACUCCCAAAAGCCCAGCAGAAAUCGCCGUCGACGGAGGCACCGCGGCCCCUAUCUCAGGCUUACAUCAGGACGUAAUUCUCGCUCACAUCCUGACCCGCCUUGACGGCCCCUCACUUGCAUCCGCCGCCGCCACUUGUUCCGGUCUCUACGCCCUAUCGUCCCAAGAAGAUAUCUGGGCCAACCUUUGUCACUCGACGUGGCCUUGCACCAGCUCUCCACGCAUCCGUCACGUCAUCCGGAGCUUCCCCAACGGUUCCCGAUCUUUCUUCUCCGAUUCUUCCACUAUUCCCAGGCCUAUCGCCACCCCUCCUCGAAAUUCGCAAAUAAAUCUCGACCGCACUCCAGAGCUGAUCUCUGCCGUCGACCUUUAUUACCGCCGGCAACUCCUAUUUUCAAGAGUGGUGGAGACCGAAACAGUCUCCGAUUGGUUUAGGUGCUCGCCAUUCCGGGUGGACAUGCUCGAACCGAAAGACGUGGUACAAACACCGACGAGAUAUCCGGAGGGCGAGGACGCGUGUCGGGAGCUCGGGGAGGAGCUGAGGCUGAGCUGGAUAGCGAUAGACGCGAGGGGAGGAAGAGCGGUGAACCUUUCGAGCCAGAAGCCGGUAUCAGUGCAACGCCACUGGCUGAGCGGGGAGGUGGAGGUGAAGUUCGCGUCGGUUCUGGCGGGUGAAAAGGGAUCGUCGUCAGAGUUAGCGUUGUGCAGCGUGUCGGUGACGUGCGUAGGGGCGGAAGGAGGGGAAAUGCAGGCGAGGGAGGGGAACUUGCAGAUGGAGGACAUGGACGGAAUGAAAAUGAAGGGGAGGGACAGUCUGGUGAUUUUACAGAGGGCGUGGAAGGGUAAAAGGGAGAGUAAGAAUGAAGGGAGGGAGGGAUACCGAAUGUUUGGGGAACGGAAGAGGGAGAGGAAAGAGAGAAUGAUGAGGAGAGAGGGGACGCUGGACGUGGUGUGCGUGAGCCUCGCUACGUUGUCGUUUGUGGGACUCUUCUAUGUUUUUGCUGUGUGUUGACCUUUGAUGGGCAGAGACAACAGAACGGAACGCGAUCGUUUACGUCAUGAAGGUCCAAGAGUCCGAAGCUUCCUUGGAUAGGAAUGAGAAACCGACGCUUCCUAUUCAAUUCAUCCCUUGAAACAUACUGUAUCACGGUAAACAGCUGAGACGAUCUCGUUGCAUCAUUCCAUUUCUUCUUCUUCCAUUGUAAAACUAGGAGCUGAAAAUUCCUGCAUCAAAGUCACUCACUGGACCAGCUCUUGGAUUGGAAUGCGGGGCACAGAUAUACGGAUUGUCCAGUUCAAUUUCAGUAGAGUAUAUCAUAAAUACCACUCUACAGUUAUUAGUAGUUGUUACUGAUUUAUGUGCCGUUAUUCUUCCAACGUAAAACCAAGUUCUAAAAUUCAUCCUAGAGUACGUUAAUUGUAAGUAGCCAUGAUCGCAGACUUGAAACGUCGUCCCAGCCUGAUACACAUACUCUACUACAUAUUCUUCUUCUUCUUGCUUGUUGCCAGCACAGCAGGUAUGAUCUAUCUAUCUUGAAAGGCUAAUAAAUUCAUGUAUUGCAAACCGAGGCUCAUAAUGGGUGGUCAUAAUGUCUUUUACGUCGGCGCUGCAGCACUUCACGUGGCAGCGAGCGAAAUGUUGUCACUUGUUGAAGGCAGUCCGGGGAAAGCCCCUCCUGGCCCCCCAUACAAUCGUGGCAAAAAUUUAUACAAUCCCAUACAUGAACAUGUUUAC